UUUGUUGACUUUCUCUGCCUUUCCAGAAGGAUUUCUGCAAGAAGCUCCUUAUGACCUACAGAUCAAAUCUCACAAUUUUCAGCACAUUUUGUCCUGGAAGGCAAAGUCUGAUCCAGCUGUGCCAACAUCCUACCGAAUGUUCUGGUGUUCCCACAGGGUCUGGCUGAUUGCUGAGAACUGCUCAGGUGUUCCUCAGCUCUCCUGCGACCUCACAGGGAAUUUCCAACACCGCUCCUUGCCCUAUUCCAUGUUUGUCCAGAGCAUCACAGGAACCCAAGUGCUCAAUUCCACUGUGCUGACCUUUGUGCCACAAACUGACACAAUCCUGGGACCACCAGAAGUUAACGUCAGUUCCUGUCUCAACUGCAUCAAUGUCACCAUCAAGCUGCCAAAGUCUCACUUCAGUGAAAACAAGAAGCUGCUGUCCUUAAUUGAUAUCUAUGAGGAGCUUGAUUACGAGAUAACCCUGAGAUCACUGGAGGGAGAGCACAAGAGACCAAGGGAGAAAACCACUGAAGAAACCUUUAGUACUGUCAUCGAGGAACUGUAUCCCAGUAGGAAUUACUGUGUGUCCGUUCUAGUCACUGCAUCUCUGAACAGGAAUUCCAUCCCCUCAGCCUGGAAGUGUGUCACUACAGACUCUGUGGCUCAGCAAGGUUACUAUGUAGCUGCAGUUGCAGGAGCUAUGUGCCUCUCACUGGUGUUAGCUGUUGUCCUGAAGUGUCUGCAUGCAGGAGGUUAUAUUCUGCCAAAACAUUCACUUCCACAGACCUUGGCCUUCAUCAGGAAGUUGUCCCACUCCACUUGGACAUCUGUGGCAGAGCAAAUAGCCUCUGUGGAGAUCAUCUCCAGAGAGGUUAAGGCCAAGGCCCGCGGUGGUGGCCAUGAGGAGGAGGAGGACAGCGAUGACGCCAUGGCUGACCAUGACUACAUGAGGCGUGAGGUGAUCAGCAGAGUCCUUCAGGCCUCCAGCACACCCAGCACCUUUACACAGCUCUCUGCAGCCUCCACCUGUGAGGACAGCAGCAGCCAAGCAAGUGACAGCCCAGCUGCUGACCCAGAAGGCUCUGAGGAGCACAAGGUGGACCUCGAGGCAGACCAAGACCCAAGGAAUGAGUUGCUGAGCCCUGUCUCAGAGGGGAGUUGCAGUUACCCUUCAAGGCAAGGGAGCAGCACCUGCUUCACCAUUGCCUUACACACGGUGCUGCUGGGAACCUCCGAGGAGAACACGGCAGGUUCUGCAGCUUCCCCCACCCAAGAAGACACAGAUGAGUGGCAGCAUGGCCUUGGUUUGGAGGCAGAGCUUCUGGAUGACACGGGGAGUGUGCAGAAAGCUCUUUGUGUUGGGAAUGACUUCCAUGAAUGGCAAAACAUCUCUCCUCCUGGGGAAAGUGACUCCUCAGACUCAGACAUGGAACGGAACACUGGAUACAUGAGAAGGUGA